GGCGGCGAGUUCGGGGCGCUUCGAGCUUGAGGUGGUUGAAGUUCAGAACCCGCGCUCUGAGGUGCGCUCUGGCGGGUGCUGCGGAGGGAUGCCCAGACCUCCAGAAGGAGGACCCUGCCUCUCUCAGUGCCGCACGGUGGUGGCACUGUGCCUCAAGGAGUACCAGAGCGUGGCCCAAGACGGCGGCGAGGUCCGCACGGGCAGCGGGAGCGGUGGGGCGAGGAGCGGGUGUACCUACGGUGAAGAUACUUCAGAGGUGCUGGGGCCAUCGUCGUUCACCUUAGCACAGUCUCCCCCCAAACCCCACAUCUACCUCCCCUUCACCUUCUCCUGGACGAGAUCGUUCACGCUGAUCCUGGAGGUGCUGGACCUCACCGCUGACACUGCUGGUGGCGCUGAGAGGAAGGAGGUUAUCGACACCCUGACGUACAGCGGCAUCCUGGUUCCCGGCACUGACUGGCACACCCUGCCCGCCCAGGGCACCGUGGCACUCGUCACCUACAGAGUGCGGGUACUUUGCGACCAGAACUACUACAACACCACCUGCACUAAGUUCUGUAGGCCUAGGGAUGACAAGUUUGGCCAUCUCACCUGUGACGCCUCCGGUGACAAGGUGUGUCGCUCGGGAUGGAUGGGUGCCAACUGUGACAUAGCUAUCUGCAAGCAAGGAUGCCACCCGGAGCACGGCACCUGCAAGGUGCCAGGCCAGUGCGAAUAUGUACAUCAAGGCAAUUUUGCAAGCAAGAGACACAGUAAGAACCGUCUUCAACCAGACUUGGAGCUGAAAUGGGGAGGCAUCCUCUGUGACCAAGAUCUCAACUACUGCGGCAAGUACCCUUGCGCCAACGGCGGUACCUGUGAGAAUACUGCACCAGACGAGUACCGGUGUACCUGCCCUGAGGGGUUCUCAGGGGAGAACUGCGAGGUGGUGGAGGACCCGUGUGCGCCUGGGCCGUGUCAUCACGGAGGGACGUGCAUGGAGGUCAACGGAGGGUUCCAGUGUACGUGUUCACCAGGCUGGUCUGGUCACACCUGUCAAGAAGACCUGGACGAGUGCGCCUCUGACCCCUGCGAGCAUGGCGGUACCUGUGUGGACCAGGUGAACAGUUUCACCUGUACUUGCACCCUGGGCUGGGAAGGCAACACCUGUCAGUUUGACUCUGACGAGUGCCAGGGACGGCCGUGCAUCAACGCAGUGUCGUGCGUGAACCUGGAGGGUGACUACAAGUGCCAGUGCCGGAACGGAUGGGAGGGCAAGAACUGUGACAUCAACCUUAAUGACUGUCAGGGGCAGUGCCUCAAUGGGGCUACCUGUAUCGACCUUGUUGACGACUACCACUGUGCCUGCUCCCCCGGCUUCACAGGGCGUAACUGUGAGACGAACAUCGACGAGUGUGGCAGUGGGCCAUGCAGCAACGGUGGCGAGUGUGUGGACCUGGUGGGCCACUACCGUUGUAUCUGUCCCGUUGGCUACUCUGGACAACAGUGCGAGAUCGACAUCGACCUGUGCAACCCCAACCCUUGUGAUAACGGCGCCCCCUGCAUCAACACCCAGGCUGACUACUACUGCCACUGCCCCGAGGGUUGGGGCGGCAAGAAUUGCUCCCUGCCCCGCCCCGCCUGUACACAGCCUCCCUGCCAAGUAGUGGACAGCUGUACGGUUCCCGAAGCUCAGGAGUCAGGUUCGGUGCUGCUGGUACCGUCCAACAUCUGCGGCAGGAGUGGUCGCUGCGUCAGCCAUGCAGAAGCAGCCUUCUCCUGUGUUUGUGAUCCUGGCUUCACUGGACAGUACUGUCAUAUUAAUGUGAACGACUGCGAGUCCUCACCGUGCAUGAACGGGGGGACAUGCGUCGACCUGGUGAACGGCUUCCAGUGUGUGUGUGACCCAGGCUGGGAGGGUCCACUCUGCAACAUAGAUGUAGAUGAGUGUAGCGAUCAUCCUUGUCGUAAUAACGCUACUUGUGUGGACGGCGUCACAGACUUCACCUGCGCGUGCCAAGGCAGCUGGAAGGGCCGCACGUGCUCCUCCACCACGUCUCACUGCGACCCCAGCACGUGUCAGCAUGGUGGCACUUGCGUCGACCUCGGCAAUGCCUUCGUUUGUCGCUGUCCCGAUGAGUGGAAGGGCACUACCUGCCAGAUCCGUGAACGGCGGGUGUGCGAUUCUUCGCCGUGCCAGAAUGGCGCGACGUGUGUCAACACGGGAGACAGCUUUACGUGCCUAUGCCCGGACGGGUGGGACGGCGCCACCUGCCAUAACAACAUCAAUGAUUGCACACCGCACCCUUGCUACAAUGGUGGCCGCUGUGUCGACGGGAUUAACUGGCGCGUGUGUGAGUGCUCGCCUGGCUUCACGGGUCCUGACUGUCGCGUCAACAUAAAUGAAUGCGCCUCCUCCCCCUGCGCCUUCGGCAGUACUUGUGUCGACGGCAUCGCAGACUUCCGCUGUGUGUGUCCCCCGGGACGCACGGGACGGCGCUGUGAGCACGUGGAGGGUAACAACAGCGUGGAGCAACCCUCGCAGGCUUGCCUGUGGGGCGGCGACCUCCGACCCCACGGUGCCGUCUGGAGGCACCAGUGUAAUUCCUGCCACUGCAGCCACGGCACCGCCUCCUGCUCUGACGUCUGGUGUGGUCCAGAGAACUGCCUCCGAUCCCGUGGUCCUAACCACUAUCCCUGCGAGCCCUACCAGGUAUGUGUGCCAGGUCCACUACACUGGUGCCUAGCUCCGCCGUGCGAGCCAUGGGGGGAGUGCAGGAUGCUGAGUGAGGAGGGGCAGCAGGUUGCUCCCCGCGUCAACCCUGGUCCUCGCGAGUGUGUACCCAACCACGCCACACUCAACAACGCCUGUGCCAGACUCACCCUAGUCCUCAACCGCACCAGGCUUCCCAGUGGCUCCCGCGUGCAGGGCGUGUGUCAGGGGCUGAGGGCGGCCUGGGCAGACCGCCACGCCCAUACUUCUACUCCCGCCCCCAUCAUUCUCUGCGGCCUCGUCACUGGCAGCAACGAUACCAUUGAAGUCACUCUGUCGUACGCGGAGGGUGGCCCUGAGGGUGACGUGACGGUGGCAGCCAAGACCCUAGGGGAGCUGGUCAGCAGGAAGCUCACCCCUGUCACUGCCCUUGCCGCGGCCAUUGAGGUCAAGGUGGAAACCACAGUCGUCAGCGGUGAGCCAGGUGUUGCGAACGGAGUGUUGGCGGCGGUGACUGUGGUGUUGGUUGUGGUGGUGGUGAUAGCGGUGGCAGGCCUAGGGUACUGGCAGUGCCGUCGGCGCCACCUUCAAGCGCACCACCGCACAGCCUUCCCCUCCCACUCCUCCAGACACAAGCUGGCAGACGACACCCCCGCUGAGAAGUCCAACAAUGAGAACGAGGAGAAGUUGUGGCGUUACCACAACCCGCUCAAGACCGCCACACUGAGUGGAGGACCAGGGGACGGAUCCGAGCCCUCCUGCUCCAGAGUGAACCCCCAAGGCCCCGGGGACCCAAGGGUGGCGCCCCUGGGCUCCACCGUCGGACUAAUUCAUGUACCUAAGGCAGUCCUGGCCACGCCAGAGACGGACGUCAGUGACUGUGAGUCGCCCACGCACGGACUGCCCGUUGCGAUACGGAAGGUUCAAAACGCCGACGUGGAGCGCAAUAUGACCCCACACGACCCCGCCUGCAAAAGCCUCCAGAAGGAAAUCAACCUCAAGGCCAUUUCUCCCAGACCCCACGACCACGACCUCGUCACCAGCGAGAUGGUCGUAUAGCACUCACCUCAAGAGCCUUUAACAUGGGCACCCUUUUAGCCGGGCGGUGACAGUGCCACAGCUGGGCUCUGAAAAUGACAGUGUUAGUGUCUGAAGCCGCGUUCACAGGCCGGCUCCUUGACCAUAGUAACACCUUCCUCGUGUCCUGUUGAUAACGCACGCUUGGGUCUGUGUCAUGAUUAACCCAAUGACAGGAAUGUGACGCAGAUCUUUGAUGUUAUAAACAUACAUGUGACUCCAAGAUGUGCCAGUGUUGACAUACGCAUCACCUAACAGUGUAACAUUAACCGGUACUGUUAAAUUAUGUGAAUGAUACGGUAAACUAAAAACAAUAAUCUUAACGGUGAUGCACAAGACUAUAAACACGCAUUGCAUCUUAUGACAACACGGUUCCGACGCGGCCUCUGGGGGCUUAAAGACUACCGAGUGAACGAGAGGCUGUGUAUGUAUGUAUGUACGUAGUUCCUGGGACGGCCGCUAUUGACGGUGGUGGCACUGCUUGUCACAACUCUACGAAUCAAAGCUAAACGAAUUUUUUUUUUUUUUUACCCUAUCCCCUCUUUUGUACCCAGAAUGCCUUAGCGACGCAUCUGUAAGUCAGCCAGCCUUGUCUUCAGCCUUAAACCGAGCGCUUAUGUAUAGAUAAAACCUUUUAAAGUGACUGAUCCGGUGUUUAUAAUGUAUAGAUUUAGCACAUAUGAAGGUCGUGAUCUCUAUAUUUUACAUUUUGUAUUGAUUUCUGACUUCCAACUCUUGUUACUCCCCUCCCACCUUUUUUUUUUUACUUCACGUAAAAACUAAUUCCCGUCCCUCUCCUCUACCUUCGUGAUGUACAGCGUGACGUCACUCAUGAUGUAAUGUUUCUGACGUACCUCUGGUUGUAAGGACGUCACCAGGUUUGACGUCAGUGUCAUGAAUGGUGGUUAAGUCAUAACUAAUAAGAGUGGGCCGCCACAUAUGACUUGUAAAGGCAUCAGUGGCUGUGAUGUUUCUUCUUAACGUUACGAGGUUACAACGCAUUACAUUGACAUUUCUAAAAAUCAAGUAGGCGUUUUUUAGGCAAUCAUGUGACCCAUUAAUGGAAGACCCUGGGUCUCCAGGUGACUGGAUUUACAUGUACGACUCACGCUCUGAGCGACGAUGGUUAGUCCAAUACAAGUCCUCGAGUUUGUGUUGUUGUGUCUGGGGAUACUUUUGUUCCACCCGCUCCGUCCAAGUACCGUAUCCUGCCUAUAGUGCAUCAAUAAGCCUAUCUGUAUUCGUCCGCAUUAAUGACAUGGUCAGCUCUCUUAUAGAGCUUCGCUCUUCACACACACACAAUGUAUAUAUAUAUAUGCAAAACAACCACAGUGGUUGUUUUGCAUAUUCUGAAAUCACCUGUUUACUGUGAUCUUAUUGCAUAUAUAGGGCAAUUUUUUCGAUUAUGCUACUGAAUAAUUCAAUUUUCGAUACAUGUUCGAAAAAAUGAACUAUUUAGGAGAGCUGACUGUAUAUGUGCGCCUAGACGGGUGUAGAGCUUUGGUGAAGAGUGCAAGAUUCUUCAGCAAAAGUUUGGCCAUCACAACCACUGAGGGCUAGCACCAUCCCUGGUAGUCUUAGACCAGUACAACACACACACAGUCAGAGGUGGUCACUACAACCGCUGUACACUACUCGCGUCACUUAUGCAAUACCUGAUAUUGAUGUAGAGAGCUGUGAUAUUUUUGUACAUUUCUAUUCAGUGUUGUGCAAUGUAUAUAUGUAAGUAUUUAUUGAUGUUUCUCUCUCAUUGCCGCAUUUUGUUACGAUUCUGCACCUGUCUGCCGGUGUUCAGUGUUCGGGCAGUGACUCUUCAGUGUUCGGGUAGUGACCCCCAGUGGGAGUACAGGGAGGGAGAGUGAAAGAUGCAGCGCUGAGGAUACGCUGCCGAGAAUGAUGGAGAAAGGUCGCUGUCGGCGAAGAAACGUGUUGUGAUAACGGAGGAAGAAAAAAAAAGUGUCAGGUUACGAAACCCGGUGAUACGAAGAUCGAAAAAGCUGACGUAAUUUGUAACAAGAAAAAAAUGGGUAACAGGAAAUCAACGCUGACGGCGGACCACCAUUUUCCUUGUUUACGCUGGGAGAAAUGCUUUUUAAAGCAGGAAAACAGCCUUUUUUAUAUAUCCAAGAUGGAGAUUAAAAUGUCCCUUUUCUUUAAAGAGGGAAAAACUCUUAUUAUAAGCGUGACAACGCUUUUCCAGGAGUGGAAAAGCGCCAUCAUCCACUUGGGGGGGACACUGGCGGACACUGCCUCUUCCUGGGUGCUGACCACUAGCAGGCGAUGAUACAUAGGCUGUGAUACUUCGGCAAAAUACCACAGGAGACGCGGGGGGGCGGUGACCCCUCCCUCUCAUACCAGUCUUUGCCAUAUUACUGAAGAAAACCCCGUACAAAGUAAAUUUUACAUAUCGCAUCAUAUAGAUAUACGUAUAUAUAUUUUUUUUCUCUGGUAUUUUCGACCGAGAUAGAGCAAGCCUUGUUGGAAACAUCUCGAAAAGACAAUAAAAUUUUAUUGGAAA